AUGCCCACCUCGAUCAAGUUUGCUGCAUUGGCUGCUGCUCUCCUGGCUGCCGCUACUCAAGCGCACAACUUCAUGAUGCUGCCGCUGCCGACUUGGCCCGAAGGCUUCUACGCCCGGAACAACCCUUGUGCCUUCAUCGACCCCGCCAAGGUCCUGCCUGUUCCGACCGGCCAGUCGUACACGACCGACGCAGCGUCGAAUACGAAAGCGUUCUGGACAGCGUUCAAUGCGAGCUCGUUCAAGUCCGUCAAACAGCUCAUUAAUAAGGGGCAGAAACUCGAGCCCGGCUCUAGUGCCGAGUGCGGCUUCUCCUUGGUGGACGGCACGCCGCGUGACCUCCCGGACCAGAUCCAAUGGGACUUUUUCACGGCGUCGCACGAGGGCCCGUUCGAAGUCUACUGCGACGACAAGCUCGUGUUCAAGGACUGGGACGCUGCCAUCAAUUUCCCCGAGCACCCGGCGAUCACGCCGUACGACAAGGCCAAAUGCAAGGGGGCGAAGAUGCUCACGUCCUACUGGCUCGCCCUGCACACGGUUCCGUGGCAAGUGUACAUGAACUGCGCUCCUCUCACUGGCUCCUUGUCGCCGUCGAACUCGAGCACUUCCGAUUCAUCGGGCAGCUCCAACGAAGCGGCCCAGACUUCCCCUGCCACUCCUGCUGAGACACCUGCUCCGACAACUGCCGCACCUACGCCGACCACUCCUGCACCUACGCCGACCACUCCUGCACCUACAGAGGCUCCUACACCCGCUGAGUCUUCAGUCAGUCAGACGGAAGUCUCAUCUGCAGGCGGUGACGAGAGCGAUGAGGAGGAGGAGACGGAUGAGGCUGACAAUGCCAAGGUCAAGGCGAACAAAGAGGUUGUGGAAGCAGAUGUUUCAGUCCCGACGACGCCUGCUCCGGCGGUCGAGAAGUGCACGGUCCGUCGUCGUCGACGCAACUAG